AUGACCGCCAAGCCUCUUCUCACAGGCGCUUUUCACAAUCCUCCGAUCGUGGUCGCUCAGACCGUUACGAUGCUCGAAGAACACGAGACGAGCGGGAUUACUCGCGCAGCCGUACUCGCAAAUUACAGGCACGGAGUCGUUCAGACCGAGACAGAAGCCGGUCUCGUUCCGAAAGGCGGUAUCAUUCACCUGCUCAUCGUCGCCAUGAGCGCAAUAGCUCUUCAGAGCGCCACCAAUCACUUGCCUACAGUAGGCACAAUGACCGGCGCAAUUCGCGUGGCCGACACAACCACUCUCGGCGACGUUCUCCGCCAAUCUCCUGAGCGCCAUAGCCCACCGAGGCGUAUACAUGACCGCGGUGCCAUCCGAAAUGCUCCUCAGCGACAAAACGUUCACCUCGAAGAUAGCCGUACCGAUGGCGACGCUGACGUUCCACGGCAAACUGGCCGGACACCGGCCGCUCCAACGCUCAGCCAAAUUGCGGCGGCGCCUCGUACGCAGGCUAUUCUCAACAAUGGUAUCUAUGACUUCGAAUCAAGGCGACCCAAUGGCGAUGGCCGACAGUCUUUCAAUCCUGCCUUAUGGCGAACUACUGGGGGUCUCGAUAGCCACCACAGUUACGAAGGCAGCAUGGCCGCAGGAGUCGUGGCUUCACACGCUCCAACUAGCACAGCUGUGCGCCCAGGUCAACAGACCGAACCAGAUGUCUACAUGCGCAUUGCAGCUGAGGACGCAGAGACAGAAAGGACCAACAAUGGUAUGUCGUCAAUUGGCGCAUCAACCUCCAAGCGGAUGUGA